AUGUGCAAGCUGCUCAAGUAUUGCUUCAGUCACUUCCUUUACGCUGCGAUGACCCGGCUGGACGAAGCCAACAAAGGGGUCAACAUGUGGUCAUCCAUUCGGUACCUCGGUUACCUGUCCAGCCUGAACUCCCUGGUGGCCAUUUGUCUGGGUAUUUACGUACAAUGGGAGAAAACCGCAGACACUGUCAUCAUGGUCAUUUUCAUUUUGGGCCUCUUCGUUCUUGGGAUUGCCUGUAUUCUUCACUAUUACUUCGGCAUGGAGAGCGUCAGCCUGUUUCUCCUGCAUCUGUGGUUUGGUUUCCUUUUGGGUUUGCUGUGCUUCGUCAACGUCCCAUCCAAAGAGCUGGAUGUUAAGGAGCAGGUUGCCAACUAUAUGUUAAUAGCGAGCAUUGUGAUACGAAUCCUAUGGGCUUUGGUUGGAAGAAUGUGCGGUUAUACCCGACAUCAACCCGCCUUCCUCACUUCAAGGGAAGCUUUGGAGCUCACAGGCUUCGCUGUGGCCAGCACAACCUUAGUCAGCCAAAAAUCCAUAAGCCUUGUGGUCCUGUCACUGGCUUUGGCUGCUGUAAUUGUGGAUUUGCGCAUGAAGUCCCUCUUGGCGAUCCCAAACCUGGUCUGCUUCUCGGUUGUCGCUGCGUUCUUCUUCCAGGAGCCUUUAGGAGUGUCCACCAACCCCUACGCCUUGUCCUGCUUCUUCAGCCGCCUCGUCUGCGACCCAUUACUGGACAUCUACUUCAGCGGGCUUUCGGUCACCGAACGCUGGUCGCCGCUGCUACUGAGAAGAGGCCUGUGGAGACGCUUAACCCUUCUUCCUCUGGUGGUCAUGGAGGUGAUGUUUUUAGUCGUGGCCGCUCUGAAGAUGAGCGAUCUGGAUCGGUGGUACCUGCUCAUCCCGGGUCUUUCAGGAUCUGCUCUUUUCUGGAUCAUCUGCCACCUGGUUUUUCUCGUCACGCUGUGGGGUUUUCACAGCAAGCUGAGUGACUGUCAGAGGAUGUGUAUACUGCACACGUCAGAGGCUGGAGAGCUGGACAGGAUCAUGGCGUCUAAGGGGAUGAGGCACUUCUGCCUCAUAUCGAAACGCCUGGUGCUCUUCAGCCUGAUGUCCACCAUCAUACUCGGGGCUCUGGGUUGGCAGAUGUCCAACAGUCUGUUUAUUGCGUUGUUUCUGCUGGUGCUUCCUCUGGAGUCACUAGCCCACGGUCUCUUCCACGAGCUGGGAAACAGCCUCGGAGGAACCUGUGUCGGCUACGCUGUGGUGAUUCCUACCAACUAUUGCAGCCCAGACGGUCAGCCCAUCCUGCUCCCCCCGGCGCAUGUGCAGGAGCUCAACCUGCGCUCCACAGGGAUUCUUAACAACGUGCAGCGCUUCUUCUCUCAUCACAUGAUCGAGACCUAUGGUUGUGAUUACUCCACGAGCGGCUUGAGUCUGGAAGCCCUGCAAGCCAAGCUCCGCAUUUUCAUGGAGGCGCACACGGCUGACGGCCCACGACACGACACCUACGUGCUGUAUUACAGCGGACACACACACCGCAGCGGAGAGUGGGCUCUAGCAGGUGGAGAUGUUUUACGUCUAGAUGAGAUUGUGCAGCUUUGGAGAGAAAAGAACGCCGGAAUCUGUUCCCGUCUCAUCAUUAUUCUUGACACCGACAACUCGCUCCCCUGGGUGAAGGAGGUGCAGAAAAUCGAGGGACUUUAUGUAGCGGUUCAAGGAGCAGUGCUGUCUAGUUCCACAGACCCGGAGGUCCAGGACGCGCCUCAGCUCGGGGACUUCACCUGUCAAUGGGUUGAUUUUAACUGCAACCCUGACAGUAUAGUUCGGUGGUCUGAGAGCGGGCGGCCCAUCCGAGCAGCCUAUGGCAUCUCCAGACACUGGAGCGACUACAAGCUUCACCUGCCGACUGAAAGCGACGUCACCAGGCACUGGAGACUCUUCUUCCCACGCCUGACCUACCCUGUGGUUCAGCUCGCUCACUGGUGCGGCGGGUUGAACCUCUUUUGGGUUUGCGGUUACUGUGUUCGACUGCUCCGAAGGAUCAAACUCACGUGGUGCCCACCUGCGGUGCUGGAUACAGGCCAAGGUUUCAAACUGGUUAAAUCGUAGGACAGGACCUAAAGUGUGGCGAUGCUGGUCUGAGCUGUGUCUGGACACGGUUAGGUGACGAUCAUCUACGGCAGCUUUAGGUUGUGUUGACCAGCACAGCGAUUUAUAAAACCUCAGGUGUAAAAACACUCCAUGUGGAAAAGAAAUAGCUAAAAAUUGGCCAACGUACAUACAGGAAUGUCAUUCGUUACUCAGCAAUGGUGAAUUUUGUGAAACAUUUCUGGGUCAUAGGUCACCUCUAAAUCAAAAGGUAGAUAAACAGAAGAUCUAUUUUGCAUAAAGAAAUAAAAUCUAUUUUUUAAUGACAAUCACAAUAAAAUGAUGUCAUUGUAAUAUGUACAAAUAUUUUAUUUUUAAUUAAAUUAUCUUAUUAUAAUCCUUUUUGGUAA